CUGAUGCAGAUAUUGAAGCCAUGAGAAAGAAAGAUGGGUUUGUAUCAGCUCAUCAAGAAAGAAUUCUAAAGCUUCAGACAACUCAUACACCAACAUUCUUGGGGUUGCAUCAGGAGUCUGGUUUUUGGAAGGAAUCAAACUUUGGGAAAGGUACUAUCAUUGGCGUAUUAGAUGGUGGAAUUCUACCAGAUCAUGCUUCAUUUAGUGACUAUGGAAUGCCACCUCCACCUUCUAAAUGGAAAGGAAGGUGUGAAUUCAAUGCCUCAACAUGCAACAACAAACUCAUAGGUGCAAGAUCUUUUAACAUCGCUUCCAUGGCCUCAAACACAAGCAAGAAAGUCGAGACACCAAUAGAUGAAGACGGACAUGGGACACAUACUGCAAGCACAGCUGCUGGUGGUUUUGUGAAGGAUGCUGAAGCACUUGGUGGUGCUGCAGGGACAGCUGUCGGGGUGGCACCCUAUGCUCAUCUGGCGGUUUAUAAAGUUUGUUUUGGUCCAGAUUGCCCAGAGAGUGACAUAUUAGCCGGGCUUGAUGCUGCAGUAGCUGAUGGAGUUGAUGUGAUAUCAAUUUCUAUUGGAGAAGAAAACGUGCCUUUUUUUCAAGACAAUAUUGCAAUAGCUUCAUUUGCAGCUAUCCAAAAAGGAAUCUUUGUGAGCUGUGCAACAGGGAACUCAGGUCCGUUCAAUGGCACUGCAACAAAUGUAGCUCCAUGGGUUCUAACAGUUGGUGCUAGCACAACUGACAGAAAAAUCAAAGCCACAGCUAAACUAGGAAACAAUAAAGAAUUUGAUGGUGAAUCUUUAUUUCAACCAAAAGGCUCCCCUUUUUCUACACUUUCACCACUCGUGUACGCUGGUGCUAAUGACAAACAAGAUUCCAAGUUAUGUGUCAAUGGAUCGCUUGAAGGUAUGGAUGUGAAGGGAAAAGUGGUGUUGUGUGAGAGAGGUGUGACAUCAAGAAUAGAGAAAGGACAAGUGGUGAAGGACGCAGGUGGUGGAGCUAUGAUAUUGAUGAACCAACAACCACAGGGAUUCAGCCUAGAUGCAGAUGCACAUGUCCUCCCAGCAACACAGGUGAGUUACACAGCUGGACUGGAGAUUAAAUCUUACAUCAACUCAACACUUACACCAAUGGCAGCUUUACUGUUCAAAGGAACAGUAAUUGGAGACCCUUUAGCUCCAUCUGUGGCUUCAUUCUCUUCUAGAGGCCCGAAUACAGUGAGUCCAGGAAUUCUGAAACCAGACAUUAUUGGACCAGGUGUCAGCAUUCUAGCAGCAUGGACAACCCCACUUCCUGGAAGCACCAACACAAAAUCUCCAUUUAACAUGAUGUCUGGAACGUCAAUGUCAUGCCCACAUCUCAGCGGUGUUGCAGCACUGCUGAAAGCUACUCAUCCUAAUUGGACACCAGCAGCUAUAAAGUCAGCUAUAAUGACUUCUGCAGAUCUUGUUAAUCUCAAAGGUACACCAAUAGUAGAUGAAACACUCCAACCAGCUGACCUAUUUGCUACGGGUUCGGGUCAUGUUAACCCAUCAAAAGCCAAUGAUCCUGGAUUGAUCUAUGAUAUCCAGCCUGAUGAUUACAUACCCUACUUGUGUGGGCUUGGGUAUAGUGAUGAAGAAGUUGGGAUCAUUGCACAUGGGCCGAUUAAAUGUUCAAUGAAAUCUAGCAUACCAGAAGGCCAGUUGAAUUAUCCUUCGUUUGCUGUUAAACUUGGAUCGUCUCAAACGUUUACAAGGACAGUGACAAAUGUUGGAGAAGCUUAUACAUCGUAUGUUGCUAAAGUUGUUGCACCAAAAGGAGUAUCUGUUAGUGUUAAUCCCAGCAAGAUUAGUUUCAGGCAGAUGAAUGAGAAGGCAACAUACUCGGUGAUUUUCAGACGUACAAAUGAGGAAGCAGGUGAAUAUUCUCAAGGCUAUAUAGCAUGGGUCUCUACUAAAUACAUGGUUCGAAGUGUAAUCUCUGUGAACUUCGUUUAA